GUUCCCCGCCGGUGGGCAAGGGUCGGGCGGCCUCGCGGCUGCGCCCCGGUAUUUCCCGUCCGCCGGCCCGUUUCGCGCAGGCGCGCGCGGCGGCUACGAGUUGGCGCGUCGCGCAGGCGGCGGCGGCAUGGGGCUGAGCCGGGUGCGGGCUGUCUUCUUCGACUUGGACAACACGCUCAUCGACACGGCCGCGGCGAGUCGGAAGGGCAUGUUGGAGGUGAUAAAGCUCUUACAAUCAAAAUACCAUUACAAAGAAGAGGCUGAAAUCAUCUGUAACAAAGUUCAAGUUAAGCUCAGCAAGGAAUGUUUUCAUCCUUCUAAAAGCUGCAUUACUGACCUCAGGACUUCACACUGGGAAGAAGCAAUCCAGGAAACAAAAGGUGGUGCGGCCAAUAGGAAAUUAGCUGAAGAAUGUUAUUUCCUGUGGAAAUCUACACGUUUACAGCAUAUGACACUAGCAGAAGAUGUCAAAGCCAUGCUCACUGAACUUCGAAAGGAGGUCCGCCUACUUUUAUUAACAAAUGGAGAACAACAGACCCAGAGGGAGAAGAUCAAGGCUUGUGCCUGUCAGUCCUAUUUUGACGCUAUUGUUGUAGGUGGAGAGCAGAAAGAGGAGAAACCGGCACCUUCCAUAUUUUAUUACUCCUGUGAUCUCCUUGGAGUACAGCCUGGGGACUGUGUGAUGGUUGGUGACACACUAGAAACCGAUAUACAAGGAGGCCUCAAUGCAGGGCUGAAGGCAACAGUCUGGAUAAAUAAAAAUGGAAUGGUGCCGUUGAAGUCAUCCCCCAGGCCGCAUUAUAUAGUUUCUUCCGUGCUAGAGUUACCUGCUCUCUUACAAAGUAUAGACUGCAAAGUCAGUGUGUCUGCUUAAAGCACAGAAAAGGGUAUGCUUACGAAUUUUAGGGUCAAAUUACAGGGUUUGAACUAAGAAAAGUUAAGGCAUUCUAUAUACUAUGACCUAGUUCUAAGGAUAAUUACACUUGUCAUGUAAUGGCCAACCAACCAUUGACUGGUAUUUAUAUCUGAAAAUCCAGAGUACAUUAUUAUAAGUUAUUUUUAGUAGGGUAACCCAGAAAACUUGAGGAAGUAUAUUUGUUAAUCUGUGGCUUGAGAUAUUUUUUAAAAAUUACUUUGUUAAUCUCUUAGCAUCUUGGAUCUAUGAAGAUACCAAGGAGGAUAACUUAUACAUGGGUGCACAGAUACAGAUUUUAUGUUUUGGCUUAAAAAUAGGUAUUUUUUUAAAAAUAGUUAUUCUAAAACAUAUAUACUAGAGAUUUAUUAGAGCAGUUGGAUCUGGUUAAUCUAAGUACCAACUCGCAAAUCAAGGCAUUUCACAGUGAAAUUAUUUUCAUAUUUUCUGUUUCAAAAACAUGCACCAUAUUUUUGCCUACUUUGUACGUAUACUUCUCUUAUGAAUCUAAUUUUUCUGCAUUACCUUUGGGGUGGGGGGGGAUAAUUUUCCUAUGGUGUGUACAUGACCAAUAAAUUCCUCCAGUAAAAAAGCUGUUAAAAUCAGCACAUGGUGCUCCUUUUCCGUUACAUUUUCACAUCUUUCCAGGGUGAGCUUAUAGGUUCCUGUUAGUCUUUACCUCUUAUGGAAGUACUUUUACUAUCUUUUCCCAGGUACGCAGUGAGGGUGAGGGACCAGUCUGUCUUGCUGUGGAUGAGUGCAAGCCACAUGGCCCCAGAAGUCACUUUCCUGGAAGUUGCCUUGGUGUGGCCUAAUCGUGCUGCCCGCAUCUGUUGUCUGCUGACUGGAUAGUUUCACCCAUAUGAUGAAAACUAGUAGAAAAUUAGGUUUUGCUAUGAACCAUUUCCAGAGUGCCAUUUUAAUACUUGACUGGCUCUUUUUGGUGUCACCAUCUGCCUUAAGUCUCCUGUUUUUAAAAUUUUGGGAACUAUGUCAUUGUUUCACAGAUUUCUGUAUCCAUUUCAGAGUUUGCUUUGAGCUUAGUAAUUAAAACUCCAUAGGGAGGCAUCUUGCAACUAGAAAAAUGUCUCAAGACCAUUAGGCUAGAAAGUCUCGUGAUUUCACCAGCCAAACUUAGAGUAAAAUGGUUAAUUAAGGAAAAAAGAAAUAAUGAUUAGGGUUGUUUUUUGGUAGGGUGUUUUUUUUUAACUUUUGUAUAGGAAACUACUAGUGUAAGAUGUUCGGUAGUUGGGGUAUAUUUAGCUAGGGCUCCUUCAAGUAUUCUGUGAAGAACAGGAUCCUCUGCCAUUGUGCAUGUGCCUGUUGCGCUUCUCACUCUUAAUUUUUAAAAAUGUGAUUGUGCCCUUGACUGUUCGCUCUGAAGCUGAACGUUUGUGGACAGGGAAUGUUUGUGUAUAGCUCUUCCAGGUACGGUGUCCAUGUGACCUCAAUUAUAAUUGUAGCUGUUUGAAAAUUGUUAAGUUGGAGGAUGUUGACAGGAAAAUAGUUGUGUGCAUGAUUUCUCCAGUGGGCUGAGUGUGGUGCUGAGAGCUUGUCCUUUCAGCUCACCCACAGGAUGGGUCUAGACAUGGCACGUUCACUGUGCUCACUGAGAAGGCUCAUUGCUCCCAGAUCACGGCAGCAGACCUCCUAGGAUGUUAUAUGAGCAGUUCGUCAGCAAAAGUGAUGUGGCGGGGAAUGAAAUAAUUGAGUUUUUGGUAAUGUAAUAUUACAUUCCAUUUGUACUUUUCCUUAGGGAAGAACUUUGUGGUUUUCUGCCUUCUGAGUGGAAUGUUACAGAAGAUAUUAAGAAAUCUUGGAAUAGACCUAUUUUAUUAAUAAUGUUUUUGUUUUAGAAUAAUAUUUUGUUUUUCAUAGUUUCCCAUACUCCUAGAAAGCCAUAAAUUCUCAAUUGUCCAGAGGCUCUCCCAAACACUCAUUACAGAGGAAGGCCUAGAGUAGACACGAGUGGAUGCUGCCCCUGGAACACUGACACAAUGAUGGAUGUUUUCUGGUUCCAUACACAUGUCCACCCACUGGUGCAUGAACAUCUUAGAUAUGGUGGUGCCCAGGACCCAGCAAGUGUGAAUAUUGUAGGAAAGACAGUUUUCUUAGUUACAGAGGUACUUGGUUUAGCACUUUCAGAUUUCUUUGCAACCCACAAUAGGAAACAUUUUCUGUCACAACCCAUUAAACACAUUUAUAGGGAACAUUUAGUUAAUAUCAGCGUGUGUAUAUUAAAUAUAUAUUUAACAAACAAAACUACUUCCUUGCUAUGCAUGAUGCUCAGGUUGUUUUCAUUCCAUCAUUUUUUAAAUUGGGGAAUAUAUUUUUUUCAUUUUUGAACAAGUACUUGUGGUACUUGUACAAGUAUUUGUGGUACACAAGUCAAAGAAUGAAAACGUGAAUAGCAAAAAGUCCGUCUCAUCUCUUUUCCAGCAACCCGCCUGCCCUAAAGGCCUCUGCUGUCAGCAGUUCCUGUGUAUCUGCAUAUAUAGGUAGGUAUGAGUAUAUAGAAUUCCUCUGAUUCAGGCAGGUUUUUAUUCCUGCUUUUCAGUUUUAGGAGGCAAUGAUCUUGCUAAGAAACUGAUUUAAAAAGUUAUGAAGCUUCUGUGAGUCGUUCAUGUUAGGAGCAUACAUCUUUGAUCUCAGCCAUCCACUGUUGUUGAUAAAGGUGAUGGUUCCAUUGGCUUUCACUGGGCCAGUUGUUCACUUUGAGGUCAGUACAGCUGUGAAGCCCUUGCUUCUGCCCCAGUCUGAUUGCCCUCUUCUGGUACGUAUCACCAUCCUGGAGUUUCCCUUUGCCUCUUAGGUUGGAUGUCCUGUGCCCUGUGUAUUCCCUUUUUUGAUUUGUUCCCCCUUUGGUGGCAUGCAUCCUGAGUAGUUUCCCUAUAAAUGUGAGAGAGAAAAAUAUUCAGAUCUUAAGUGUCUGAAAAUGCCUUUAUUCUCUUCUCCCAUCAUUGAUAGUUUAACAGCAUGUAGUUGGAUGUCAUUCAGAAUUUCAAAGGCAUUGCUCUGUGGUCUAGCAGCCAUUUUAAGUGACAAUUUUCUUUUUCUCUUGAAGCUCUUAGAACUUUGGUUUUUCCCCUGUGGUCCAUAAUGAUGUAUCUUGUUAUGCUUUCAUCCUCUACUCUUGGCACUCUUGAACCUUUCCAAACAAAACCUUUUGUCCUGGAAAAAUGUAAUUACUUAAUUGAUAAUUGCUUCACCACUGUGUUUCCGGCUUCCUUUUUCUGGAACUCCUACUAUUCGGAUGUUGGACCUCCUCUACUGACCUUCCACUUUCUUUUCUUUUCUCUCCUAUUUUUCCAUCUCUUAUUUUGUUCUAUAAUGCUUUUUGGAAGGUUUCUUCAACUUUACCUUUCAAUCCUAUUGAAUUUUCUUUCCUGCCUGGCAUCAUGUAUUUCAAUAUCCAAGUUUCUUCGAUUUUCUAAGUGUUCCUUCCCUUUUUUAAAAAAAAUUUUUACACGGGCCUCUCACUGUUGUGGCCUCUCCCGUUGCGGAGCACAGGCUCCGGACGCGCAGGCUCAGCAGCCAUGGCUCACGGGCCCAGCCGCUCCGCGGCAUGUGGGAUCUUCCCAGACCGGAACACGAACCGUGUCCGCUGCGUCGGCAGGCGGACUCUCAACCACUGCGCCACCAGGGAUGCCCUAAAGAAUUUUAUUGGAGUAUGUUGAUUUAUAUAAAUGUUAUAUAAAUGUUUAUAUAAAUGUUCCUUCUUAAUGGUUUUUUUUUGGCUGUGUUGGGUCUUUUUUUUUGGCUGUGUUGGGUCUUCUUUAUAUAAAUGUUAUAUAAAUGUUCCUUCUUAAUGGUUUUUUUUUUGGCUGUGUUGGGUCUUCGUUCGUGCGGGCUUUCUCUAGUUGUGGCGAGAGGGGGAUACUCUUUGUUGCAGUGCGCAGGCUUCUCAUUGCGGCAGCUUCUUGUUGCGGAGCACGGGCUCUAGGCGUGAGGGCUUCAGUAGUUGCAGCACGUGGGCUCAGUAGCUGUGGCAUGCGGACCCUGAUUAACAUUCAUUUUUGUUUUGAGUGGAAUAUUACCUCUCAAAUUUUUUUCAAGUUUUUGAAGAAUCCACGGAAUCCACUGUAUCUUCCAUGUUGCUCUGAUCUGUUUAUUUGGGUCUAUUUGUUCACCUUAGAGGCUUUCCUUAAAUGCCCAGUGAACCACACGAGAAAGGAUGGAAAUGCUGAUUGGAAGCUCCGCAAGAGUGGCUGGGUCUUGUAAACUCAGAGGUUCCUUUUCUAUAGUGUAUCUGGGUAGGCAGUUAUGUGAAGAACCCCUGGGGUCAGUGUCUGAAGGUCUUUCCUCUUGGUCUAGCUCCCUAGUGAAGAAUCUCUGACUCCUGACGGAGGGUAGAGGUCUGAUGUCAGCACCUGGGAGCUGAGUGGGAAGGAGGUGUGUGGUGGGGAGAGAGGCAUGUGGUCACUUAAUCCCUGUUCCUCUUGUACCUGAGCUCAGUUGUGUGUGCUCUCUCCCGGUCUAGAGACCCUCUGUUUUACUCUUUCCAUAGAAACAUUGUGACUUCUGUUGAAUGAGGACUUCAGGUUGGAGGGGCAGGGGUCUAGGGAUCUAUUUGUAUUUGCAUGUUUUCGUUCUUUUUCUUUUUUCUUUUGGCCACGCCAUGCGGCUUUCGGGAUCUUAGUUCCCCAACCAGGGAUCGAACCUGAGGCCCUGGCAGUGAGAGCACCGAGUCCUAACUGCUGGACCGCCAGGGAAUUCCCUCCGUUUGUAUUUGGAACACCUUUUACCCCAUCCUCCUUAACUCAGCUCCCUCUUCUCCUUCAUGACUGAGGCAUCUGGUGGUAUCAGUGCCUGAAUCUUUGGAGGAGUCACUGUGCACCUCAUGAUUUCUCAGCGUUUAGAAAAGCUGGUCUAGACUCAGCUUUCUUGAAUCUACUAACUCCUUUGCCACUCGUCCAUAUGCUUUCUGGCUUCCACAGUUUUGUUGUCAGCGCCUGUUUUCCUGGUGUGUGUGUUUAAAUUCCUUUAUGAUAGUUUCCAUUGGGUUUGGGGUAGAAGCAGUAUUAGCUGGGUACUUCCUUCUUUUGCCUUUAUUGUGGAAGCUGUUCUCUUCUAGUCUGUGUUCAAUGUAGGUCAAGUGCCUGUGCCUCAUAGUCACUACCCACAGCUUGAGAAAGGCUGCUCAUUUGAAGUAGAAAUUUACAGCAUGCCCACAGCUUUUUUGUUUAAAUUAUAUAUGCAGCUUAUUUCUUAAGAUCUUUUCCCCAACUUCCUUAUUCUCUGUAUUCUUGUAUACAGCAUUCCUUCUCUGACUUUCAUCAUCAUGGUGGGUCUCCUUAUGUUCUGUGUUUCUGAAUUUUCAACAUUGCUUGUACAUAGAUAUUUUUUUUUUUUGGCAACUCUGUUCCUAUGAUCACUUCUAAGACAUAAACUCAGAUUUCUUUAUAAUAAAAUCCUUUUGAGUGCAGUACAUUCAAUUUAUACUUUUACAAUGAAGUUUAACAGUAUAGGGGAUUCCCUGGCGGUCCAGUGGUUAGGGCUUGGUGCUUUCACUGCCGGGGCGUGGGUUCAAUCCCUGGUCAGGGAACAAAGAUCCUGCAAGCCUCACAAUGUGGCCAAAAAAAAAAGUACAGAAAAGUCACAUGACCUUGAUGGGUCAAAGCAUACUUUUUUAACCAGUCUUCACAUAUGUGACAUUGACAAUACAGUUAUUUCCAUGGAUUUCUUGGAAGAUGUUAUGAUUUUUUUUUUCUGGGUAUCAGCCUGACCUAUGGAAAAGAUCCUCAACCCAGGCUUUUUUAAAGUGACAGAUGAUAAAUGACUUAAUUUACUGAAACGGGAAUGAAGAGCGACUGCAUUAUGGAUACAGAGUUUCUGGGGUGAUGAAAAUUUUCUAGAACUAGAUAGUGGUGAUGGUUUCACAGCAUUGUGAAUGUACUAAUGCCCCUAAAUUGUACAAUUUUAAAUGAUUUAAAAGUUAAAUUUUAUGACGGUUUAUUUGUUGGUUUAUAUCACCCAUAUUAUACUUGCUGAGUUCCUAAUAAUUAGAGAUGUGUGUUUAAUCUUUUUGUACAUCUCCCAAGUUUGAAAUCUGUGCUUGAAAACACAAUAAAGUAAAUAAAAUAAUAGUUGGCAAAAUACACUUUG